UUAUUUUGCCGAUCGACCCCGAAUGGCCGGUGUUUACCAUGACGACACCGCCGCCGUUGCGCUUGGUCAUGAAGAGCUACGACAAGCUCUCGCAGAUAUCCAUGAAGGUCACUUGGAUAGAUGAAGAUGGUGAGGAGCAAAACUGGAGCUCAUGGGAUGAUGCUUUGUGCGGCCGCUGUGGCGCCACAAAGGUGCUGCCAGCACAGAGCAGAGAUAUUCAGGUGCGAUUCCGUGUGCAGCCUGGGGGCCGUAAGGUCCAGCAAGUGGAUCGGAAAAAUCGCUGUGCUUGGACCAGAGCUGGCGAAGAGGUAAUUCACUUGAGGUCUUAUGGGGACGAUUCUAAAGGCAUUGAUGCUUGGUUUGAGCUUCGAGGGCCCAUGACUCACUGCCAUGUGUGGCGGGCUUGGAAUGCUUGCAACACCGGUGCUCCUGAUCCAUGGGAGCACUGGCCAGACUUCCCUUCAGAUCGGGCAGCACCACCGCCUGCGACCUUGCAGGCGGCGGACACCGCUGCGCCUUGGCCAGGCAAUCAGGCUUCACCCAAGGGUGAAGACUACACCGUGCGAGUCACCGGCGCAAUGUCCAGGUUGGUGGCUGCAGCAGAGGUUCUCCUGGCAGUACGACGACGCACCUCAAGGGCCUUGGAAGAGCUCGACAACCAGCUGACAAAGCAGUGGUUUCGUGUGAAUUCCGGAAACACCGUUGCUGCUGGCUUGGCAGUGGCAUCAUUCGGCUCUUUGUUCGUGGCACCUCCGAUUGGUGUGGCUCUAGGGGCCACCAGUGCUGCUGCGGGUGUUAGCAGCGGUGCUGGAGAUGUGGUGGCAGAUGCAGAGAAGGGUCGCAAUUUGGCAAAGCUCAUGGAGGUUGACAUCACUGAAGAGUUGGCCUUCGACUCCAUCGAGUCUGAGCUUCGCUGUGCUCUUGCGAAGGCGGUGCAACGACAGCGUGGUGCCAGCCGUGGGGGGGCCGCCGCCACCACUGCCUUGGCUGCCUAUGCACAGACGGCGAAUUUGGUUUUGUUGCGGUCAGCAAAGUAUAUUGCUCUGAGCCAGGCUGGGGCCGAAAGCCUGGCCUUGGCAGGGCGUUUGCUCGGUGGCCUGGGUGCCGGCCUGGCUGUGGGUGUAGCUGCGCAUGGCUGGUCAACAACAAAACCCAUGCAGAAGUUGGUCAAGGAGAAGCUCAUCGAGAUCGAGAGAUCCAUGGAAUACUUGGAAGGCCUGAGGCAACAAAUGUCUGGUGCUUUGCGCUGCCCACUUUGCGAUGAACCCUUGGGCUUUGGGGCUAGGGAGCUGCGCCGCUGCUCCCGCUUUCAUUGUUUCCAUGCACAUUGUGUCCAGGAGGGCUGCCCAGAAUGCGAGGAACCCGUUGCAAGAGUCAAAUCCACUGACCAGCUGGGUGCGCUGCUAUGGCUUGCUGGGAUACGCGAUUUUUGUGCAUUGACAUUGGACUCAUUGGCGCCGCAACUCAAUCAUGCACGAGACUUGGUGCAGCGGCUCACAACGUCAGAGGAUGUUGGGCUCAUCAUGCAACGACGAGUGGACGAUGAGGAUGCGGAGAAUGACAGCCCCAAAAGCAGUGGUAGCCCUAAGAGGAGCGAUGAGGCCCCAGAGGAAGUGGCCGAAGCUCAUGAAGCAUGGCAACUUGCCAUGGAGGAGACCCACCUCUUGGAUGGCACCUGCCUGGCCAAGGUGGCAGUCGAGAAACUCCUCUUAGGUGAGCGAGCAGAUCAAUGCAGAUGUACCGCGCACAAGGCACAGCUUGGUGGCCGGCCGCCAUGCUGCACUUCGGCGUGUGCUGCACGCUGUGGGUGCUGCGAGGCCAGAGGUGGGCUACGCACAGGGGAUGAACCAACUGGCUGCGGUGUUUUUGAAGCUUGGCUUCGAGGAGGAGAAGGCUGUUCAUAUGAUGGAUGCCAUCAUGAAGGAUUUGCUACCGGGAUGUCAUCACCCAGACUUGCAUGGCCUCUUCAGAGACACCGGGGUAGCAGACAUUCUCAUACAGAGCUUUCUACCUCGCCAUGCUAUGGCUUUCGAGACCGCCGGGAUUCAGGUGAUAUGGUUCACUGUGGACUACUUCUUAACCCUUGGCUCCAACGCAACAUCGUUGCCAUUUAUUGCUGGGCUGUGGGAUCUUUGCUUUCUUUGGGGUCCACGUGCAUUGUUCAGCGGGUUCUUGGCAAUGUUGGACCUUUACUUCGAGAUUCCCAGAACUGAGGAGGAGCUGGAAGAUUCUGAGUUGCUGAUGAAAAAGUUCAAGGCUGCUCUCGCAGAGGCAUCGCCAGAUGGCUUCGCAGCACAAACUGCUGAGUUUCUGCACGAACGUCAGGGUGGAAUCUCUGAUGAGCUCAUUUCGACCCUACGAGAUCAAGUGACGAGCACCUAGGAGCUGAAGUCCAGGACUUUUCCAAAGCAGAAAGUCUUGAAUCAAGACCUGUGCUCAGGAUGAGUGUGCUCAAGAAAUGUUGCUCUUUUCAAGGGAAACUAUAAGUUGUUUGUACUAAGAGCUAAAGAG